ACCCUCCCGACAACCGUCGCCAAGGAAGUGCGUCCGAGUGGUUUCAUGAUGGCUGCACCGUACACACAGACAUGAGUGAUGUCGAGCCUCCAGCAAGAGAGAGACGCUCUGCUCGACGAGCAGAAGGUGAACCGAGAGCGAGCUCGCAGAUGUGUGCGGGAGACCAACCGCCGAUGCAGGGAUCUGAGGGAGAAACAGAGGCUGUGGGUGCUGCAGGAGCAACGGCGGCGCGAAGAAGUGCUGCAGCGGCGCCGGCAGAAGUUCCAAGAUGUGACUGAGCACUUCCAGAGGGCUUACUUGCCUCCCUCUCAGAGGCCGACCCAAUGUGAGCGGCUCACUGCCGGAAGAGACGAUCCCGAUUUGGAAGACGCGCUCGGUCAAAUCCGAGGCCCCGUGCUGCCGUCGAACCUCGACAGCCAAACGAUCAGCGCCCCGUCUUCCAGACCUGCCGGCGCGUUGUCAGAAUCCCCCCUUCGCCGCACGCCCGUUGCGGUACAGGCGAGCGUAGGACGUCGAGAGCAGAGCCCGUGUGCCGGGAGGUGGCAGGAGCUUCCAAAGAGGCAGGAGAGGCAUCGGGAGCACAGUGGACAGGACGACAAUGUGUCCCGCUGCUCCAAGUCCGACAGCUUGUCCAGUCAAGACAGUCUGGAGAACGAAGAAGCGGCCAAAAGCGCCGUCCUGCAAUACUCCGAAAAGCCCCUCCAAGACCUCAAAUGCCCCAACGACCCGCAUCCUGUGUCGUCGGCGCCCGGGCCCACCUUGGUCGCCGUGAAGCCACACUUCCACAGGUUGCCCGUGGACCUCAACUACAACCUGCCCACCCAGAAGGAAACCCGUGCCUCAAUGAAUAACCUCAACAAGUUCUCAGCGGACAUCGACGUUUGGAAGCACAUGAACACGGCAAGUCCAAAGUGCCGCCAAAGUCAAGAAUCCAGCGGGUCAAAGACCUCGUCGCCCGCAGCCUGCCGAGUCCAAUUCAUGAAAGGCAUCCUUAAAACUCUGCCCGGCGAAACACCGGCAGAAUCCCCGCAGGUUCACGCUAACGCCGUCAAACCCGUUCAGUUUUUGGUGUGCGACAGCAUCGAAGUCGCCAGGGCCAGGUCCAGGUCCAAGGCCGCCGAAUACAAAAAUGCCUCCAAGAAGCUGCGCUGGCUCGACGAGGAGGCGGGGGUAACCAGUGGAGUGCGACCCACAGAUGCCCAAUCCCAGGCGUGGGCAGAUGUCGGGGUUCAAGUCAGCGCCGGCGUGGCGGACCACUCGGCCGGGGUCGGGGCAAGUCCGGUUUCCUCGGGCUUUGUCGCCCAAUCCCCGGUCCCGGUGGCCGGGAUCCGGGGGGAGUCGCGGACCGCGUCGAAGCACGGGAGCCCCACGAAGGGCCCGUACGGCGGGGACCAGGCCCGUGUCAGCCAUCAGCUCGCUCCUCCGCCUCCCGAGGAGGUUCCGCACAAGGACACGCAGCGACUUAUGACGGGCGACGCACGCUUGCCGUCCUCAUUUAGCCGCCCCGCGCCCGAGAGCAGCUGGAAAGCCUCGCCCGCUUUCGGCCAUCCCGCGACGCCGGGGGGCGGCGGCAGAGGGCGAGGGGCGUCAUACGGGGGGAAAGUGUUAGACCGCACCCCCACGGACUCAGACAUCUAUCAGCUCUGCCAGGAUGUCCGCAGCGCCUUCAUCAGCGCUGCGGGACAACGCCAGGACCCUUCAUUAGGUACACCUGCACUGUUUGUCUCAGAAAAAGCCGGGACCCCCUGCUGUCAGGCUUUGACGAGCGGGCGGGCCGGUAACAAAUCCGGUGCGGAUCAGAACCGACGACCUUCCGGUUCGACCGAUAAAAAACCUCCGGAAUUCUUCAAGAUGACUUGUCUCCAUGCUACAAAUCCAGUCGGACCGUCUCCCAAAGGGCAUUUCACGGAGCAGCCAAACAAAGGCCCUGUCAAAACUGCCAGCCAGCGCCGUCUGACCGAUACGUACUCUUGCGGGCCGCCGGAGGAGCGGGUUGGCAAACCGCAGAGGACGACCUCGCGGCCACAUCGGCAGCAGUACCGGCGCCGACCCCCGGCGGCGACGUCCAUCUCCGUGGAGGAGCAGAGAAUCUUUCAGUCUCUGGACCGACUCAACUGCCAGCUGCACCGCAAAAGUGGUUUGCACUGACCAGCGUCUGGACUGAAGUCUUAACAUCGCAGCACGAUGGCAGCUGGAUCGCUUUAUGUAGCACAAAGCUUCCAGGUGAAAACGGGUUCCGCUACCUUCAAACCGAGUGUGCCUUAUAGAAGAACAUUAAGAAGCAGAAGCAGAAUUCAAAAUUAUGACUAAACUAACUUUGACAGUUUAGCCAUCACUCAAUAGGGAGGAUUACCUUUUCAUUCAAAAAAAAAAACACCGCAGGUUCGAGUGAGUGGCCGAUUCCAACGCAUUGUGGAUUUUUUGUGUGAAAUCUCGAUCUAGCGAUCUCGUGUUAUGCUGUUUUAUAGCGGUUGACAUUAAUAUAAGUACUGUGCAGCAUUGAAAACAGAUGAUGAAGAUUUCAGCAGUCUCAAGGAAUUGCUAUUCUCUUAAGGCUCUGAUUGGCUGCUGGUAUAACCUUCUCCAAUCGAACACUUUGGGGUUUUAAGCAUUAUGAUGACACCCAAGCAUCCUACACGAUGGCAAGACAUAACUGAAUUGCCACUUCAACCUAGCUGUGUAAGUCCAUCCUAUGUAGCAUUUUGACCUUUGACACCGGCUACCUCUGACAGUCUUCCGCAUCCGAGAAAAGUGGGAAAUUGAACAUUUUCACGUUCCGACCUGGAAAAGUGCAUUGGAAUACUGCGCAAUGUUGGAGUUCCUUGGGUCGAACGGAUGUAAAUCAUCACACAACAAUAAUAGCAAACGAGACAUAUAUUAUAUAUAUAUAUUAUUAAUAUUCAGCGCUAUUUGUGGGGGAUAGGCACAAAUUGACGACCCCUCUAAAAUGUUAUUAGGUGUAAUCAAACAUCACAAACCGUAAUCCCAAAACACUGAUAUCCUUUUGAACUCAUCGUGCAACAUUAGGCUACCACUGAAAAAUGAUUUGUUUCAAAAUGCACUGGUACGUGUGUGUACAUGCGCUCUGGAGCCAAGCCGUGACUUUCACCAACAGCCCAGGCUAAACUUAGCUUCUCCUUGGCAUUGUUUCUCUUCUCAGUCAGUAAUAAUGUGUCACUUCAACACACUUCCUUGACACCAAUUCCCAGUUAGACAUAGCUUUGGUGGCAUCUUCCGGGAUUUAGGAAAAAGCAAAAAUGCCGUGUUUUUCAGCAAAUAGCUCGGGAUACAUUCCACGGGGGGGGGAAAAUGCCAGUCAGUCAAAUUGUUCAAUAUGCGAUGACGCUAAUGUGAUGACAAUUAUUUGACUCUUCAUGCCCCACCCCCUCCCCCAAGGAUCAUUGUGGCAACGUGAAUGCUGUGUUUUUGGUGAGUACGUUCUCAGCCUUUUGUUGUAUAAUCACAACUGAUCUUCAUAAAGGCAGAAUUUCUGAUACAGCUCGAGUGAUGGCGGACCAUUUCAGAUUGUGUAGCUUGCCGUAUAUCUGGAGGUGGGUGGGGGGGGGGGGGGGGGGGGGGUUUGAGCUUCACCAGCCGCUUGGGAGGGUUGACUUUGCUCCUCCUCCAGCAUGUCUGGUUUUGCUCUUUCGACGACCUGCUAGGACUUGCUCUAGAAAAAGGAGGAGGAAGCCCACCUAAAGUAUCAACGGCUCCUCUCCAUAUUGAUGACGCUCUUACGUGACUAUGUUCCCAAAGUGUACCGGAUCUCAAAACGUCACUUGAAUUGCACAAUCUAUAAAGUGAUUGAGAAGCACAUAAUAAUAGCAAGUGUAUUGUGCCGCACGCCGCAUCGCCGACAGGAGGCGGUGAGCUUUCGUGACAUUUAAGCCCUGGGCCGUGACAACGCCCGCCGAGAAAGACAGAAAAUAGGGGAAGACGUUUCCAUUUGGUUGCAAGUUGCAGCUUGCGCGCCGUCGGGGCCCUGAUCUCCGGCGCGUUUUUUGAGCCGCAAUGAAGACUUCUUUUUCACAAAUUGAACAAAGGCUUGUAAAAAAGAAGCUAAAGCUUACUACAGGAUAACAGGAUAUUGAAGUACAGUAUGUUACUAAAUAGACAUAACACAAACUCCAAUUCCAAUGAAGUCGGGAUGCUGUGUAAAAUGCAAAUAAAAAGAAUGAUUUGCAAAUCCUUUUCAACCUAUAAUCCACUGAAUGCAAUGACAAGCUCACGUUCAAACUGAUACAUUCAAUGUUUUUUUGUUUUUCUUUCUUCCAAAUACUCCUUUUGAAUUUGCUACCUGCAAAAAAGUGGAGAAAUGCUCCCCCCAAAAAAAACCACCUGUUUGGAACAUGAAAAUGAUUUCCUUAAUGGAUUGGAUUGGAGUCCACGGGCUAUCAGUUGAAUUGGAAACGAUCGGGUAGGCUCAGAUGUUCACAAGCAAGGAUGGGCAGAGGUUUACCACUUUGAAAUAUAAAUAGUCCCACAGCUAACGAACAACCUUUCUCAAUGUACAAUUGCCAGGAAAUUCGGAGAUUUCAUCAUCUACGGUCAAUAAUAGUCAAAGAUUCCGAAAAUAUGGAGAAAGGUUGGAAAGCAACAUCGAAUGCCCGUGUUCCCUCCAGGCGGGCCUGCAUUCCAAAAAAAAAACAGUAUCGUGUCAAAGAUAUUGCAACAUAUGCUCAGGAACGCUUUCCACGUUCGUCGUUCAAACGCUGCCGUGCAAAGCAGAAGUCAGGCGGUACGUCAAUAACACCCAGAAACUUCUCUGGGCCCGAGCUCAUUUGGCAUGGACUGACGCAAAGUGGAAAAGUCCACAUUUCAAGUUGCAAUAUGAGCGAUAGCGCUCAUUGUGAUGCAUUGCAGUUGUCCACUACUGGAAACUACAAGCACGCUAAAACGUAUCAUUAGCCCUCCUGUCCACCGAAAAUGUCCAUGGCUCAAUAUUACCCGCUGCGUGUUUAAUCAUCAACAAAUGUGUUAAAUUGGGAUUGAAUAUAUGAUGGGAAUUUGGAUUUGAAAAACAAAUACCAGUACUACAAAGAAAACAGCCCUUUUUUUUUUUUUUUUUUUUUUUAUUUCUUCUGGAGUUUGAAACUUGAAGAUGGCUCAGUUUGACCGGCAGCAUAACCUUUAGGCUGUUAUUUAUACAUUGAACCUGUCCCGUUCAGCAGCGUGGUCGAUUUGCUUGCCUUUUGUGCUGGAACGGUUUUGCCGUUUUAACGGGAGUUUGAAAUACUCCCUCUGUUUAAUUUUGUUUUGUUUGUUCAUCGUUCUUGAUGUUUAUCGAAAAUACAGCCGGACAGAAAAAGGUUCUAGGGGACGACAGGGGGGACAGAACGGACAAGGCGAAUAGGGGUGUGAACCGCAGCAGAACAAUAGACAGUCUAAAUAGUUGACUACGAGUAACAUCGCAAAGUCAACAACAGGGCCCAACGCAGGAGCCAGCUAGCACACGGGGGGGGGGGGGGGGGGCAACGGCCCGCCAACUGUGAGCCCGUGUCAAGCGCCAGCUACAAGCAACGACGGGAAUGAUGUAUUUAAAUGAAUACGGUGGAAGGGAUAAGGAACAAGGCCUGCCGCUAGGGGCAACAAUUCCAAACCGAGGCAUCACCAAAAAUAUUUCAAAUUGCCUUUAAAUGCCACACGAUGGCGUUUUGUCCUGGCGAAGCUCCUCAACUCACUUCAACAUCUGCCCCACGAUGCCACAAGAUGGCGGCGAGGCAAAACAUGUAUUGCCGUUGGCCUAAGCACAAAAAUAGAUUUUCAGCGAAUAACGAAAGAUAGGUUCAAAACAAUAUGUACAUUUGAAUGCCGAACUGAGAGUAAUAAUAAGUUUUGAGUAAUAAUGUUUUCUUGCGGCGGCACGGCGGGCGACUGGUUAGAGCGUCUGUCUCAGGGUUCUGAGGACCGGGGGGUUCCAUCCUCGGCCCCGCCUGUGUGGAGUUUGCGUGUUCUCCCCGUGCCUGCGUGGCUUUUCUCCGUCCGGGCGCUCCGGUCUCCUCCCACACCACAAAAACAUGCAAGUUAGGUUAAUUGAAGACUCUAAAGGGUUGGUCGGUUGCUUUCUACGUGCCCUGCGAUUGGCUGGCAACCAGUUGAGGGUGUACCCCGCCUCCUGCCCUCCCCCCCCAAUGAUAGCUGGGAUGGGCUCCGGCACUCCCGCGACCCUUGUGAGGAGAAGCGGCUCAGAGAAUGGAUGGCUGGAUGUUUUCUUGCAAAAAGCAGAUUUGUUU